AUGGCGCGUCUGGUGGCCUGUGUGUACCUCUUUCUGCUCCCCGUCUGUGUCCUAGGGUCGGAUGUUGCUUCCGAGGGGAACGACCGGGACAACCGUCUGGAGGAGUUCCCAGAAGCUAUGGAUGCGAGCGAAUUGAAGCGCGCUCGCGAAGUGGCGGCCAAGGACGACGAGAUCUACAUGAGUCUCGAGGACCAGGCGAAGAUGUUGGACACAAUCGCCGAGGAGUUGGCUAUGAUGAACGAGUCGUCUGACGACAUCUCCUACGAGGACAUGCAGCUGUUUCCCCCUGGCGGCUGGGACCAAGGCGACAUGAUGUAUUCUAGUAAGUAUCGGUUACCGAGACGUAAGCAACGCCGUUCAGACGCUUCUAUCGACAAAAUGGAGGCGCCAGUGAUAUACCUUACUCCCCCGGUCGAGCUACCCGACGAACAGAUGGAGGCUGACAAGGAGGUCGAGAAGCUUUUGAUGGACACUGGGCUGGAGGACAAACCACAUUCCCUCCCCGAGGAUGACUUCGACCCGUUUACGCUCACGUCGAUGGACGAGGUCAUGACGGCUAUGAAGAAGACCAAGAGCACCAUCGAUACCUUGCGUGAGAAGAGGACCGCCCUGCUUAAGACGCUCAGGGAGAGCUCGAUGUACGUCGCCACCGACCACUCGAAGAUGCUCACCUACAAGGCCGUCAACCAGGAGCUGGACGAGGUCGACAACAUCAUAGAAAAGGAGACGACCACUCUCCUCAAGCUGGAGCACGUGAAAAGGACACUCAGCAGGAAUCACGGCGCAGGACGCGAUGUCGAGAACGAAGAGGCUAAGCUGGAAAAGCGCGAGGAGGAAAUCGCCGAGGGUUACGCGACCGACGCCGACUCUGACGCCGAGUCCGACAAGGAAGACAACUCGAACGACGAAUUCUAG